AUGGGAGGCGCAUGGGAACGGAUGGUGCGAAGUGUUAAGGAAGCUAUGCUAGCACUGGAUGACGGUAGGAAACUGAACGACGAGAUACUCCUAACCGCAUUAGCCGAUUCAGAAAGUCUGAUCAACUCCCGACCGCUUACCUAUAUGCCGCAAAGCUCGUCAAAUGCAGAAGCGCUUACACCCAACCACUUUCUGUUAGGGAGUUCAUGCGGAACCAAGGAGCAGCUGCGUCCCAACGUAGAUUUAGCAGAAACACUAAGAAGCAGCUACAAACGAUCUACAGCUUUAGCCGAUGCGAUGUGGGACCGUUGGUUGAAGGAGUAUUUGCCAGCCCUGAACACUAGGUCCAAAUGGCGCGAAGAUACGCGUCGGUUGAAUGUUGGCGAUCUUGUAUUCAUCGCUGAGGGUCCGCGGAAGAAUUGGUUGAGGGCGAAGGUUGAGGAGACGAUAGCCGGUAAAGACGGCAGAAUAAGGCAGGUGAUGGAUUUGGAUUCUGACACUGAGGUCAUGUUGAGUACGAAUUUCUCUUUGCGUUACAUCUUACUAAAGAAAUGGCGCAAUAAAACCAACGAUCUGUGGAAACAUCGUAAGCGAAAUGGACAGUACUAUGUGUUAUUUCCCGAGUUAUUGAAACAAGAAGACAAGUUUUUCCAGUAUAUGAGAAUGUCGAAAAAAACAUUUUAUUUUAUAUUGAGAAAGAUAGAACCUUUCAUCGCCAAGUUGCCUACACAUACUCCAUAUAUCUCUCCGGAAGAACGAUUGAUGGUAACUCUCAGAUUUCUUUCUACAGGAUUGCCGUUCAAAUCACUGUCGUUCACUUUCUGCAUCGCUCACAAUACGAUUGGUACAAUUGUUUAUGAAACAUGUGAAGCAAUUUGGAAGACAUUGAACGAAGAGUUCAUUCCUUUUCCAACAACUUCAGCUUUCAACAAAGUGGAAAGAGAGUUUCUUAACAAAUGGAAAUUUCCUAAUUGCAUUGGUGCCAUCGAUGGCAAACAUGUAAAAGUGAAGGCACCGUCAAAAUCCGGUACUCAAUAUUUCAAUUACAAGAAAUAUUUUUCUUUGCAUUUGCAAGCAGUAGCUGAUGCCAAUAGCAAAUUUAUAGCCGUUGAUGUUGGCGAAUAUGGGAGUCGUUGUGAUAGUGGUGUUUUUAAGACAUCAACUAUUCCUCCUCCCAAACCACUUCCUGGCACUAGACAAGAUGUGCCUCACGUGCUAAUUGGCGAUCAAGGCUACCCAUUGAAAACUUUUUUACUGCGUCCCUACCCAGAUAGUGAAAAUCCAGCCAAACUUCAUUUCAAUGAAUUGUUAAGCAUAGCAAGACGUUGCGUUGAAUGUGCUUUUGGCAUACUAGUCGCUAAAUGGCGAUGCUUAAAAACAGAAUUACAAGUAACUCCAGAGCAUGUCACGUUAAUAGUCCAAACAACAUGUUUGUUACACAAUAUUUGUAUGGAAUUUAAAGAACCACUACCAAAUCCAGCUAAAAACACAAGGGCUUCAGAUAUCAAUUAUAAUAGAGCCAACAACCAUUCAUCUCACCAGGCAACGGAUUUAAGAGAUUAUUUCAAAAAUUACUUCUUUAAUCACAUGGAUUGA